GUUUAAUUAGAACUGAUGACUUUGUUCAGGUCCCCGGAGGGCGCUGGCACGUGUAUAAAAGCUCCGGCGGUCGCGUUGGCGCGCGCAGUCUGGACUUCCACAGUGAGCGGGAUCGGUGGGAUUAUAAACAACGACGAGGAGAACAUGACAAACGCACAGGAAGCGACCCGGCGCGACGCCACGACUUCACACGCCGCUGCAGAUGCAGUGAAGAUUAGAAGAAGAAAGGCUCAGUGGCUGGUUUCAGGCAUGUUAAGUCUGUCUUUGGUCAUUGUUGUGAUGGGUAUCUACACCAGCACGCGCACUGAGAGCGUCACUGUCACAGGAUACAUGUCAGGAAUUAUUUUGGCGUUUGGAUCAUUCUUGGGAGUUCUUGGACUAUGCCUAGAGGAAAACCGCAAGCAGCUGCUGAUUGCAGCCAUUGUGUUCCUGAGUUUUGGUAUAAUUUCCAGUUUCUUGUGUCUUGUGGUUGAUGGCGUUUUCAUCCUACUCAACAUUGAUAUGCGUCCAAUGAAGGCAGGAAGAUGUCAGUUCUACACCAGUGGAAAUAGUUACAUCUAUGAGAACUACUAUGCUACAGUUCCCUGCCAAGGACUAACAGAGUCGUGUAAUAUGAAAGUCCGGAGUGGAACGUGUUAUUGUUGUGAUCUGUAUGAUUGUGCAAAUGGAGGAUAUCUGAACAAUUACUAUGAGUUUGUUGGUGUUCAGAGCUGUCAGGAGGUCCUCUCUCUGUACGUUCUCCUCUGGGUCCUGACCACGCUUAACCUGCUGGCCUUCGUGUGUGGAAUCCUGACCACUGCUGUACUGGGAAGCAUUAAAGACAUGAAGAGUAGGGUGGUCGGUCUUGAUGUCUCCCAGUGGGGAGGUUCAUCUCUGUUCUCUUUUGAUGGGGCCAGCUGUUCUUCCCCUACUGCACCCCUGCUGAUAGACCCAAACUCACACACAGGACACCAGCUCUACCCGAGGACAUCGCUUCAUGUUUCUCCAGCAGCACCUGCUGCUGCAGGAUCUAGUGCAUCUCCAGGAGGAUCAUCAGAUACAUCCCAUGCACAGCCCAACCCACCUCCCUUUGCCCCCCUUUACAACCUGCUACCCUACAAAACCUCCAGCUUCUCAGCUUAGAACACCUGAAUCCAAAUAAAAAGACAUUUAGACUGCACUCUCCUUAAACUCAACAUGAAAAUGGACUGUUUACUUUCUAAAUAAAUGUCCUUGGUCUUAUUGUGCAAGAUUCAUCAGAGCACGCUCUCAAGCAAAUGGCUUGUUUUCAUAAUCUUUCAUCAAAAUGCUUUCUUCAUCUCUGUGAAAACAAUGGUGAAACAACGCCUUUUCUUUUUAGAUGGGGAAAAAUCAAAGCUAGAUAAUUGCAUUUUUCAGUUUUUCAUGACCCAGUCAACCCUUCACUCUUAAAAAUAAAGGUGCUUAAAAGGUUCUUCACAGUAGGGCCGUUUUCACCACUUUAGUUCCAGAACUAAACGUGCAGUACUAAAGUACUGAGACAAGAACCUUGUUUUCACAAAGAGCCUUUUGUGAAACAGAAAGGCUCUUCAGAUAUUAAAGUUUUUUUAUGGAACCAUUUAGAUUUAGCACCUUUAUUUUUAAGAGUAUUGAUGGAUGCAUAAGGCUUUAUGUAUCCAUCAGUACUCUUAAAAAUAAAGCUCUACCUUGUUUUCUGGUGGAUAUUCGAUUUCAUUUAUGAAUAAGCCAUAUUAUAGACAUUUAUUGAAGAAAUGCAAUGCUAAUGCCAUUACAUGUUAUUUUAUAAAGGUCGUAUAAGGGCAGUUCAGUAAAUAUCACCUAAUCAAAUAACUGGCUAAUUUGAAAAACAGUAGCACAAGAGACUAAUUACAAUCUGAUGUAGGCUGUUAUUGAACUAACUUCUCAACAGAAUAAUGUUCAUUUUCAGCAAUCUGAUUAAUUCUGCCAUACUUUAAAAUCACAGCUGUUAAUUUAAUUAGCUCGCUACAACUUUUGGUUUUCUUGAAGCACUUUUUAAAAGCAAAAGAUUGGAACAUACUUUCAAAAUGUAAUCUAGAUGUUUGUAUAUGAUGCGUUUCUUUUGAUAAACAAUUGUUGUAAGGUUUUAUAUGUUUUUAUACUUACAAGCGUUACUUUGAUAUAUAUUGUUUUAUACAAGUCUGUUUUUGUACAAUCUCUGUUAAAAGUUAGUUUUUUUUAUACCAAAGUCAAUGUACUUGGCAGUAAAAUAACAGUUUUACCCUCAUAAGGCUAUAUUUUAAGGCUGAAAAUAAAAAUUGGAUGUUUUAUCUAAA